AUGGCUGACACUAAAGCAAAGACCCCAGCCAAACCGGCGGCUUCUGCUACCCCCGUCAAGAAGGCGGGUAAGCCAAGGAAUUACGAUCUUGGCAAUGGAGUUUAUAGAUUUAGUAGAACUCGUAUGUUCCACAAGAAAGCUUUGUGGAAAUUCCUUGAUAAAAAAACACCUAAAACAGUCAAGCCGAAGAAACCAUUGACAAUUGAAAAGAAAAUCAAUGGCGAAAAGAAUGGAGGAACCAGAAUCGUUCGUCUCCAAAAAAGACGAGCCAAUUACCCGACGGUGGACCCGGUCACUGUUCACCAUGCCAAGAAGACUUACCGUGAGCACUCCCGGUACACCAGACCGUCCCUGGUACCAGGAUCUGUAUUAAUCCUUCUUGCAGGACGUCACAAGGGAAAGCGAGUUGUUCUCUUGAAAGUUUUAAAAAGUGGACUGCUUUUAGUUACUGGUCCAUUCUUGAUCAAUGCUUGUCCAAUGAGACGGGUAAGCCAGAACUACGUCAUCGCUACAUCAACUCGUCUGGACAUGAAGAACGUCCAAGUUCCCGAGAAGCUCGAUGACGCUUACUUCAAAAGGAAGCGUGAAAAGCGGGCGAAGAAAGAAGAAGGUGAUAUCUUCACCAAAAAAGCUGAAGAAUAUAAAGCUAGCGAUGAAAGAAAAGCCGACCAGAAGGUAGUCGACAAGAUGGUCAUUGGAGCUAUCAAAGCUCACCCCGAUAAAAAAAUGCUUUUUACUUACUUGUCAGCUAUGUUUGGGUUAAGAAGUAGCCAGUACCCACACAGAAUGAACUUUUAA